CCCCACGCACACACAACGCCAACCAUGUCGGACUCGGACGGCGAGUACGUUGCUGACGAUCUCUCCGACGAUGAUAUCGGGGCGCACACCGUGUCGACGGCCCACGGGACGCGGUCUACGGGCCCCGUGCGAGGCGCUGCUGGGUCGAGCACCCGGGGGGGAGACUCGAAUGGGGGCAGUAAUCGGCGGAGGGCCGCGUGGGAAGACAUCCAGAGGAGCUGGGACACGGUGGUAGAGGGUGCGGAUGGGAGCAUUAAUUCGACGGUGGAGGGACUGAGGGAGGCAGGGAAGAGGAAGAGGUUACUACGAGAUACAACGCCCUUGCAAAGAGGCAUCAUCCGGCAUCUGAUCCUGAUCCUCGACCUCUCCUUCGCCAUGACGGAGAAGGACCUCCGUCCCACGCGCUACCUCCUCACGCUCCGCUACGCCUCGGAAUUCGUCACCGAGUACUUUGAGCAGAACCCCAUCUCGCAGCUGGGCAUCAUCGGCAUGCGCGACGGCAUCGCGGUGCGCAUCAGCGACAUCAGCGGGAACCCCAGCGAGCACCUCGAGCGGCUCAAGAAGCUCCGCGAGCAAGAGCCGCAGGGGAACCCGAGCCUCCAGAACGCGCUGGAGAUGAGCCGCGCGGCGCUCUUCCACGCGCCGUCCCACGGCACGCGCGAGAUUCUUAUUAUUUACGGCGCCCUGCUGUCCAGCGACCCGGGCGAUAUCCACGACACCAUCGCGGCGCUCGUCACGGACCGCAUCCGCGUGUCGGUGGUCGGCCUCGCGGCCCAAGUGGCCAUCUGCGCCGAGCUCUGCUCCCGCACCAACGCCGGCGACGACAGCUCGUACCGCGUGGCGCUGCACGAGCAGCACUUCCGCGAGCUCGUCCUCGCCCUGACCACGCCGCCCGUGACGCGGUCUGUCACGCACUCGCAGUCCAGCCUCCUGAUGAUGGGCUUCCCAUCGCGCACCGCGCUCGGCGACGGCCAGGGUUUGAGCUUCUGCGCCUGUCACAGCAAGCUGAGCCGCGGCGGCUACCGCUGCUCGCGGUGCGACGCGAAAGUCUGCAGCCUGCCAGCCGAAUGCCCCGCGUGCGGCCUGACGCUCAUCCUGUCCACGCAUCUCGCGCGCUCCUAUCACCACCUCUUCCCUCUGCGUAACUGGAUCGAAGUGCCCUGGUCAGCGGCCUCUUCAUCCAGCGCGUGUUUCGCAUGUCUGGCGCCUUUUCCCGAACCUUCUUCUUCUCACGGGGGAGAGGGCAAGGGGGAUGCGGACCGUGAUCUUAAGGGCGUUAGUGAGAGCGGAAGGUAUAUGUGCGAAGUGUGUAAGAAACAUUUUUGUAUCGACUGCGACGUGUUCGCGCAUGAGGUCGUGCAUAAUUGUCCUGGAUGCCAGGCCGAUGUACGCGCGGAGCCGGAGGCGAAGCCGCAGUCGAAGCCGCAGGCGGAGACGAAGGCGACGCUGGAGGCGAGAGCGGAGGAGACGCUGGACAUGAAUGCAAAUGGAAAUGCGGAUAAAAUGGUUGAGUAGUGGUUAAAGUAAGCUUACUUUCAAGGAGUCAUAUACAAAAUUUUGGGGGUUGGAGUGGAGUUUUUCAUGGCUGGAUUUUGGAUUCUGGAUUUUUGAAAGGAGUUAGGAGGAGGAGGAUAGGAGGAUAGGAGG